UGAGGGGAAAGCGAAACUUCGUGUCUUGUCGAGGUGGAAGUGGCCUCCCGCUGCUGGCCUUCGGUGCUCGGAAGGAGUGGCCACGUCUCCGCAGCGAUCUGUGCAUUUUGGUCCGCCACCAGAAGUGUGUGCCGUACCGGGGAAUGUCUGUUUCAUCGCGGCCUCUCCAGCAUUGAUGUGUGACUGCAGACGUUGAUGUUAUACAGCGGUAAACAAGAGAGAGAUAAACAAGGCUUCAAGGAAAUGGAUGGGCUGAACUACAUCGCUCAGCUGAACGAAUAUUCACAAAAACUGAACCAGAUGCCCAAAUAUGAGGAAAUCUCAGUCGAAGGUCCAGCCCACAGCCGGAGGUUCACUAUGAGAGUUGUGCUGAACAACGAAACUUACUCUGAAGGAGAAGGACGCAACAAGAAAGAAGCCAAACAGCAAGCAGCCAAAAAAGCUUUGGAACAGCUCUUUGGGGACAGCAUGCAGCUCAAUGAUUCUGUCACCAGUGCAUCAGCAUGUCCCUCGGCCACCCCAGGAUCAUUCACCCAGGCCAACUACAUCUGCUGGCUUAAUGAAUACGGACAAAAGCAGAACCUGACGGUGACCCCAAAAGAAUUCACCAGAUUUGCUCCAGCCAAUGCCACACAGGGGUGCAGGUUUAUUGUUGGCAACAAGGAGUACCCAGAGGCCUUUGGGAGCACAAAAAAGGAGGCCAAGGAAGAAGCAGCCAGGCUUGUUCAUCAGGAACUGUUCAAAGAAGUGUCCACCAAGGAUGAGGUGAGCAGCAGUGUUGCAAGUGAAAGAGAGGAUGACAGCAGUCAAAGCACCAGUGGAUUUUUUGAGAAGAAAAACUACAAAGGAUUUCUCAAUGAGUACUGCCAGAAGAACAAAUUGGUACAUGACUUUAAAGUAGUCGAUAAGCAUGGACCACCACACAAUCCUCAAUUUUUUUCUAAAGUCAUCAUUAAUAAAAAGGAGUACCCCGAAGGCCAAGGGAAGACUCGCAAAGAGGCCGAGCAGAAUGCAGCACAAAAUGCCUGGUUUGAGCUUCUGCGGUCCUUAGACCAGAACAGCCAGGUUUCGGUUGGAUCAAGAACUGACUCGCCUUCUUUUUUAAAUGAAAGCGAGUCCCAAAACCACGGCAGUUUGCUGGCCUGCGGUGACACCUCCAGUGAUUUCAUCACGUUCAGGGAUUCCAAGAACCCGACGAGCCCAAAGGAGUCAACCCCUGGAGCGAAGUCCAAGAGAAAAUUGGCAGUAAAUUUUAAUUUGUCACCAGAUGAGAAAAAACAGGAAAACAAUAAUUUGGAAAAUUCAGCAGAGAAAACUGCCACGCAGUCCAGAUUUUUACACGAUUACGAUUCAAUUUCCCGUAUCGGCAAAGGAGGUUUCGGCCAGGUCUUCAAAGCUCGAAGAAAAAUUGAAAAGUGUUUUUUUGCUGUGAAAAUAGUGAAAAGCACAGAUAAGGCUCUUCGAGAAGUCGGUGCGUUGGUGACACUUCGCCACCCCAACAUAGUGCAGUAUUUCUCAUCCUGGAAGGAAGACACAGGAUACCAGAUCGAUUCCUCGGAAAGCAGUUCACAGUCUGAAAGCGGCAGCUCAGUAAAGUACCUCUACAUCCAGAUGGAGUUCUGUGACAAGGGCACCCUGAGGCUGUGGAUUAAUGAGCAAAACACCAAAGUGACCCCUACCAGGAGAAACGAUGCGCUGAACAUAUUUCGGCAGGUGGUCCAGGGGGUGGAGGAAAUUCACACGAAUGGACUCAUUCACAGAGACCUGAAGCCAGUCAACAUAUUGUUUGGGAAUGAUGGGAAAGUAAAGAUCGGAGACUUCGGUCUCGUGACGUGCUCUGAAGAUGAAGGUGAUGAAGCUCUUCUCCAGAGGACCAAGCGAACAGGGACAUUCUCUUACAUGAGUCCUGAGCAGGAAAGCAGUUGUAACUAUGACAAAAAGGUGGACAUAUUUUCCUUGGGACUGAUUUACUUUGAGCUCCUCUGGAGAACUCCGGAAACUAGAAUGGAGUGGGCAGAUGUGUGGAAACAAGUAAGAAAUCAGCAUUUUCCACAAUAUUUCUGUGAGUGCUACAGUACAGAGCAUAAACUGAUAGAGAGGAUGCUGUCUGAAAAACCAGAGAAGAGACCAGACGCAUCGAUGAUCUCCAAGAUGCUGGUCACAUUUGGAGGCAACAUGGGGAAUGAAAGGGAGACACCUCGAGAGAUGAGAUCAGUGUAACAUUCUGAUACAGACGGGAAAUUUUUAUGCUGCUCGUUUUAAUGGUGAAUACUGGUCUCGAAAGAGACUAAAGAUAUUGCAAAAGUGCACAUUCAUGUUUCAUCUUGCAUGCUUCCUGAUAUUAACAGGAACUGCGGCUCGCGUAAUUAUACGAUACAUGACUUGCAGUAAGUGAAUCCAGCCAAUGGAAUGAUGUUAUAAAGUGGUGCAAUACCAUUUCCGUUUAGUAUUUGCUUGUUUCCCAGCAAAUAUGAAUAAUUUUAGCAUUUCAUAUUUACAAUUCUCAGAUAUCGUACAUGUGGCUAUAAUAAUCAUGUUGACUACAAACUGUUAAUGAAAUAUGACAUGUAAGCAGUAGCCAUGCUGAUUUGAUAGGCUCUAUCCUAUUUUCCCUUUAAAUCAAAAGCUUGCUAUAACUUUCUAUGUUCAUACAAUGAGGGUGACGGUUUUUAACAGUUAUAAUCUUUCUGCCCAGUUUUUAUUAAAUGUUCUUAUAUUUGUG